AUGUCUAGUCUCACAGAUAGAAAUUUUUUGCCUGCCAAAUUAGAGCAGUUACGGCUCUCCCGAAACAGAAUCUCAAAUAUCCCACCCGGUGUUUUCUCUGGAAUGGACCAUCUCACCUUGCUGGAUCUGCAAGGCAACAAGCUACAGGAUGAUGCAGUAACUGAGGUCAGUCUGAAAGGCCUCAACAACUUGAUCCAGAUCAAUUUAGCAAAGAAUCAGCUAAAUACCAUGCCCCUUGGCCUACCACCCACAACCACACAGAUCUUUUUGGACAGCAACAACAUUGAAAAGAUUCCGGCUGAAUACUUCAAGGGUCUUCCCAAAGUGGUGUCUCUCAGGCUCAACCGCAAUAAGCUGGCUAAUGGAGGUAUCCCAAAGAAUGUGUUUAAUCUUUCCAGCAUUCUGGAUCUACAGCUUUCUCACAACCAGCUCACAGAGAUACCCGUUAUCUCUUCUGGACUGGAGCACCUGCAUCUGGAUCACAAUAAGAUCAAGAGUGUGAAUAGCUCUGACAUCUGUCCACCUGAUGCACUUGAUGACUACCUGGAUGAGAAGAGUCCACGUCUCCGUUACCUUCGCCUUGAUGGUAAUGAGAUCAAACCCCCUAUUCCACGAGAGCUGAUGAUGUGUUUCCGUCUCCUCAGGGCUAUUGUCAUAUAAAGAUGCCACACCAUCUAGAUACUCCUGUCCAUUUAAUUUACCAGACCUGAAAAUAUAUGGAAACUAAAACACAUGAAAAGGGUCCAAAAAAUGACUAUCUAUUUGCAAAGUCAGAAAAUAAAUAUAAAAAAAAUGUACACUGCUGAAAAGACUAGUUAAGACUAGAAUGAAUUUCAAGGUGGGUCCAGUUUCAGUUAUGCUGGUCUAGUUCUGGACCAGCUAGUGAAGCUAAUCUGAUAAAGCUUUUGACUAAGAAAGCCCUGCUAAAUAAGCUCGUUGAGAUUGCUGGUGGGGAUUCCAGUAUCCAAAAUAUGACAUUCAGACAGUCUCCUAUUUUGGUCUUUUCAGCAUGGUAGAAAUUCACAAGACUGGUUCACAUAUGCAUUUGUAGAUGGUUUCUCAUGACUGUAUUGUAAAACCACUGUGCCUUAAUUUCAUACAUAUGAAAAACUAGCAGGCCUGAAUUGUGGAAAACACCAUUAUCUGUUAAAUGUUCUGUAUAAUGAAGAGAGCUCCAAAACAAUUUCCAAAUGUGCAAUUAAUGUAAUUUCCCCAUCCUGUGCAGAAGGGGG